CGGUCGCAUUGAAAAGGCGGAGGCGGCGGCCGCUCCGGCUCCGCUCCGGUUCCCGGUGCCUCCCCACGCCGCACCCCCUCCCCGCCUCCCGCACCCGCCAAACUUGAUGUGACCCCCCAACCCGACGCGGCGGCUGCCCCUCUCACCGCCACCCCGCCCCGCACCCCCGGAGCGCACUGCUCACCGCGCCCCUCCCCACCUCCUCGCCGGGGCCGGGCGCCGCGCUACCCCUCGGCGCUCCCUUCCCCUCGCCACCCCCGCCCCACCCCACCCCCCGCACCAUGAGCAACCUGAAGCCGGACGGCGAGCACAGCACCGGCGCGGGCACCGGCGCGGGCUCCGGCGGCGCCCUGGAGGAGGAGGUCCGGACACUGUUCGUCAGUGGGCUCCCUGUGGAUAUUAAACCCAGAGAACUCUACCUGCUCUUCAGGCCAUUCAAAGGGUAUGAAGGGUCCCUGAUAAAGCUCACAUCAAGACAGCCUGUUGGUUUUGUGAUCUUUGACAGCCGGGCAGGAGCAGAAGCAGCCAAGAACGCAUUGAAUGGUAUUCGCUUUGAUCCUGAGAACCCGCAGACCCUGAGGCUAGAGUUUGCCAAAGCCAACACCAAGAUGGCCAAGAACAAGCUAAUGGCUACACCAAAUCCCACCAAUGCUCACCCUGCCCUUGGAGCACACUUCAUCGCACGGGACCCCUAUGACCUGAUGGGGGCUGCUCUGAUCCCCGCAUCCCCAGAGGCCUGGGCCCCCUACCCUCUGUACACUACGGAGCUGACCCCAGCCAUCUCACAUACUGCGUUCACCUACCCAGCCGCCACUGCUGCUGCCGCCGCCCUGCAUGCUCAGGUGCGCUGGUACCCUUCCUCUGAUACCACCCAGCCAGGAUGGAAAUAUCGGCAGUUCUGUUAGUUCUUCAGUCUUGUCACCACAGCUCGAGGCCCCGGGGGGGAGGAAGCCGCCCUUAGCGCCCCCUGUCCCCAGGUGGCCCUGCAGAGCUGCUGCUGCUGCCCUCCAAAGACUGUGAAUUUUAAGCCUGACUCAGUGGACUGUUUUCCUUCCUCUCUUCCUCUUCAGCCCUGCCCUGUCCCGCAGCCCCACUCCAAGGCCUCACAGCUGGAUUCAGGGGCCUUCUCGCUGGGACCCCCCAGGCCCAGUGGGGAGGCCUCCCUGGGGGACUGAGCAAGGCCCGGCCUCCAGUCCAAAUCUGCUUCCGUAGCCCCACCUCAAAGACACGAGGCGUUUAAUUCUGCACGUUUUCCGGCAUGAAUUAAGACACUUAAACUUGUGUAUAUGUGAGUGUACAGUUUGUUCUCACAUUGGGUCACCAUGACAACAAGGCCUGGCCACGAACAGCUCAUCAUUCCAGGUCCCUCUCCCCACACUCCUGCCCUGCACCACCCGGCUUCAGUGAGGACCAAGCCCCGCAGCCAGUUCCGCCCGGCAGCUGGCACCCCACCACCACCACCACCACCACCCCACUCACUUCCAGGCUGAACAGGAAGGACCACCCAGCCAAGACAGAACAUUUUCCUGGUCAUUUCAAAUCGGGGUCCUCUGUUUUCUCCUCCUCAGAUGGGCCAACAACCAUUAAGAAAAUCCUUUCUCUGCCCCUUUUGCUUACCUCUCCCCGGCACACCCCACCCCUGCCAUGGCUCCUCAUUCUUUCCAAACUUUGAAACCAACCAAAAAAGUGAAAGUAUUUUUGUACCCUGUGUAACAAAAUAUUUAUGCAACAUAAAGGAUUUUUUCGUGUG